UUGAAUUUAAUAUUAAGUCUAUAUAAUAAAAUAUUAUUAUUGUAUAAUAUUUUUUAUUCAUAAAUAAAAUUGUUUUCAUUUUAUUUAUACUUUAAUAAGUCAUGAAAUAUUUAAUAAACUAUCAACUAUUAAUCAAUAAAUAAUUUAAUAAAUUAGAAUUUGAAUUAGUUUUAAGCUUAGUACUUUAUCAUUACUUUAGUAAUUAUCAAUUACUGUUUGAACGAAAUAAACUAUUCAAAAUGGGUAAACGACAACAUCAAAAAGAUAAAAUGUAUCUCACAUACACAGAGUGGUCAACUUUAUAUGGUGGUAAAAGACCAGGAAUUGAAAAACCAAAAUUUGCACGUUUACCGUUUGACCACUGUUGUGUAUCACUGGUAGUGUUUAAAAAUCCCUAUUGUGAUCCUGAUGGCAAUAUUUUUGAAUAUGAAGCAUUACUAGAAUACCUUCAACAGUUUAAACAUAAUCCAGUUACAGGCAAGCCAUUAGAUUUGAAACAGCUGACAAAAUUAAAUUUUCAUCGUAAUGCAGCUGGUGAAUACCAUUGUCCAGUUCUGUUUAAAUCAUUGACAAAACACUCGCAUAUAGUAGCAAUCAAAACAACUGGAAACGUCUUUUCAUAUGAGGCUAUCGAACAAUUAAAUAUAAAGACAAAAAACUGGAAAGAUCUUUUAAAUGAUGAACCUUUUCAACGUAAAGACAUAAUAACUCUACAAGAUCCAACGCACUUAGCAAAAUUUAAUAUUGCUAAGUUUCAUCAUGUUGUAAAAAAAAUUAAAGUUACUGACCCUGAAGAAGAAGCUCAAUUUAAAGACCCAGAAGGUCAGUUGAAAACUGUUUCCAAGACUACAAGAGAUAUCUUAGAUACUCUAGGAAGAGAUUACAAGGAGCCUGAAAAAAAAAUUACUGAAGAAAUUAAAAAACCUGAUAAAUUGAAUGCUGCUCACUAUUCUACUGGUCAUGUUGCUGCUAGCUUUACAUCAACAGCCAUGGUUCCAGUUUGGAAGCAUGAAGCAGCAAUUUUAGAAGAAAACGAAAUUCGUUAUGAGCGCAUAAAAAAAAAAGGUUAUGUUCGUUUAGUCACCAAUUAUGGACCACUAAAUUUAGAAUUGUUUUGCCAAGAAGUUCCUAAAACUUGUGAAAAUUUUAUGAAACUAUGUCAAAAAGAAUACUAUGAUGGCACAAUAUUUCAUAGGUCAAUACGUAAUUUUAUGAUCCAAGGUGGUGAUCCAACAGGCACGGGUAAAGGUGGAGAAUCAUUUUGGGGCGAAUCUUUUGAAGAUGAAUUCAAACAAAAUUUAACUCACUCUGGUCGCGGAAUUCUUUCUAUGGCGAAUUCCGGACCUAACACAAACAAAUCACAAUUUUUUAUUACUUAUCGCUCUUGCAAACAUUUGGAUAAUAAACACACUGUGUUUGGUCGUAUAGUUGGUGGCUUUGAAACACUUAAUGCCAUUGAAGAAAUAGAAGUAGACAACAAAGAUAGGCCAAUAUCUGAUAUUAAUAUAAUAAGAACACAUAUAUUUGUGGAUCCAUUUCAAGAAGUUGAUGACAAAAUUGCUGAGGAACGCCAAGAAAAAUUAAGUGAUGUAGAAUCAAGCAGUCAAUGUACCAAUAAAAAUGAAAAUAAUUCUGUUUCUAGUGUUGCUAUUCCUGGAGUUAUACUGAAAACUUACAAAUCUGGCGUUGGAAAAUAUAUUAAUCCCUCUGUUUUAAAACAGCCUAAAGUUGACAGUGAUGAACUACCAAUUAAAAAAAAAAAAGAUGUUGGUUAUGAUUUUCACAGCUUUAAUAACUGGUAAAAAUGAAAGUUUUUAUAAUUUAUAUAUUUUUUUUAACAUUCAAAUAAACAUAAAUAAUUAUAUAA